UAAACCUAUUAAGCAGUCAAUCAAAUUUAUCUUAAGAUUAAGAAAGAGACUUCAUUAAUUACUCUGUUCUUAUCUUUAAAAAGAGACCAAUUUGUAGAAGAACAUUGGUACCGGUAUUUCAGUUAAUUAUAUUUUUACAGAAUACAAUUAAAUCUUCUUCCCUCUUUUUUUCUCUCUCUAAACUUAAACAGGCCGGCAUCUAAUUUCUCUUUCUCUCUAUAUUCUGUAUAUUUUUCCCCAAAAUCUCGAAAAAGUUCCCAAUUUUCCUAUUUUUAAGCAAUUAUCUAAGAAUCAAAAACCCAGAAAAUAAAUUCUGCAAAUUUUUUUGAUUUUUUUUGUUGCUAAUAAUACUGUAAUAAAUUAAAGACAAUUUCUUGCUGUUUGAAGAACCCUUUAGGUAAGGAGCAUCAAUUUUUGUUGUUUGUUGCGCUGGAAGUAAUUGGAGAAGAAGAUAAGGGUGAGAAAAUAGGAAUGGUAAGAAGAAAAAGUAUGUUGAAGGGAAGAAUUUCGAGAAUUGGGAGAUAUGCAAUUGCUUCAUCAAUUACAGAUCAAUGUAUUACAUGUACUACAUUUAAUAUCCUUGCUCCAAUCUACAAAAGGCUGAGUGAUGAGGAUCAAGACGGCCGUGAGAGCGAUUACAGAGCAUUUUGGCUAGCUAGAAAUCAAAGGAUAUUAGAUUGGUUGUUGUGUGAGAGAUCUACUAUUAUUUGUCUUCAGGAGUUUUGGGUUGGUAAUGAAGAACUUGUCAGUAUGUAUGAAAAGCGGCUUGGUGAUGCUGGUUACAAUAAUUUCCAGCUAGCACGAACGAACAAUCGUGGAGACGGUCUGCUGACUGCAGUACAUCGAGAUUACUUUAAAGUUAUUAAUCACCGAGAUUUGCUAUUGAAUGAUAUUGGAGAUCGUGUUGCUCAGUUACUACAUGUUGAAUUAGUUAACCCUUUCUAUCAAAAUCGAAGUACAAAUGUCCGACAAGAGAUUAUCAUAGUGAACACUCACUUAUUGUUUCCUCAUGAUUCUAGUCUCUGCCUAGUGAGAUUGCACCAAGUUUAUGAGAUCCUACAAAAUGUGGAAUCUUACCAGAAAGAAUUUAAGCUGAACCCCAUGCCUAUCCUACUCUGUGGUGAUUGGAAUGGCAGCAAACGUGGACAUGUUUACAAGUUUUUAAGAUCUCAAGGGUUUGUCUCAUCAUAUGACACUGCUCAUCAGUACACGGAUGCUGAUGCUCAUAAGUGGGUUAGCCAUCGCAAUCACCGAGGAAACAUCUGUGGGGUUGAUUUCAUAUGGCUUCUUAACCCAAACAAGUGUCGGAAGAUUCUCAAGACAAGCUGGAAUGAGACAGUAUUUAGCAUGUUCAAGUCAUUACUUCGGAGAGCUUCAUUGACAGCUUAUGAUGCAUUUGCCUUUAUAAAGGCUGAUAGCGGGGGUGAUUAUAUAACUUACUCGUGUUUCUGUGAGGCUCUUAGACAGCUAAAUUUAGCUGGCCAACCUUACGGACUGAGUGAGGAAGAAAUGAAAGACUUGUGGGUUCAGGCAGAUAUUGAUGGAAAUGGAGUUCUCGAUUACAGUGAAUUUCAGGAAAGAAUCUGGAAUUCAGAAGACACGGAUGAUGAUGGAAGUGUACAUGGCUGUGAUGUCAAUGACACGGUGCAAGCUAUUGGGUUCAGCGUUAAAAAUGCAGUUCUCUUCCCCACUGAAGUCGAGAAAGGGAUGUGGCCUGAAGACUACUCAUUGUCUGACCAUGCUCGGCUCACUGUUGUGUUCUCACCUGUACGAAUGCCAUGCUCUCAGAUUUUAUGACAAAAACUGCAAUAAGAGAGGUUUCAGCUUUCAGCAUGAGAUUCAAUGAGCAAAAUACAUAAGAGGAUUAAUGCAUAAUUAAACACUCAUCAACUUUUUGUUGGUGACUGUGAUGUGUACGUUCUUAAGCUUAGAUUCAACCAUAACCUGGUAGACCUCUAUUCAUGGACAAUAUAUCAGAGGAUGAGUAAUAGCAGGAUCUCAUAAGCAUGUUUUUGUUUUGUAAAUGGAUUUGACUUUCAAUCCCAGGACGGAGAGAUCGUCAAUGCUAGUGCAAUAGGCUCAUGCUUGGUCAGUUCAGUUACAGAAUUGUGCUGAGAUUUCUGAUCGAAUUGGUGAAUGAAUACAAGGAAGAACGCGGAAGCAUACCGUUUGAUGAAUAGAGGACAGAUGAAGUUGUAUACUGUAAAUGUGUGUAUAAUCAGCUCUGCAGCCACUGUAAGAUUUUGUAGGUAGCGUGUAUAAUUCAUACCAGAUUUUGUUAAUAUUGCACCAAAAAGCAAUGCAAUUUUCAUUGGUGAUAAUUCCUUUGUAGUCCAUCUUCUAUACAAUUAGUUUGUGCCAGUAAAAUUCCAACCAUUAUGGCAGCCGCA